CUCUUACAGCCAGUUUCAUGUAGCUGUUACAUUUUUAUAAGAGAAUUGCAAGAAAGAAUGUAAUUGUCAGUCUAUGAAAAGCACAAGCUGACAACAAUUAAGGGUGUACUUUCACAAUUUAGUAGGCUAUUAUACUUCCAUAUAGUUGGGUGACUUCUGUUAUAGAGAUUUAUAAAGCAAUGUCCAAGUUAUUCUGCCUUUCAACCCCCGUUCACUCAUCUCUCUCUCUCGCCUCCUGAAUCAUAAAGUUUGUUGGUAGGUUUAGUAAUUUACACAUAAUUUACAUACUGAGCUCUGGUUGGACACUAUCUUCUUGAGUUGUCACUGUAAACUGGCACUGGAUAAAGUAGUUUCCUGAGUGUUGAUGUGUUGUUUUUAUUAUUCAAGUACCGGUGGCUCAUUUAAGUUAUUUUGCAGAAUGACUGCAGUGAUCAGCUUUUAGUGUAGUUUCUUCAAAUUAAUUAACAGAAUGAAAGAGAAACUCUGUGCUUCUGUUUCCCCAAGCACAGCUGGUUGUUGCCAGGUCGUCACUCCCAUGUGAGUACAUUUGCCUAAGAUUGAAUCUUUCAGAUUCACUUUGUCACACCACUCCACAACGUUUGAGUUGUUGAGAAGUGAUGAGCAGUGCCAGCAAAUUUUAUAGGUUUAAUUCACAGUGAAUGUCAUCCGCAGUGUUUGAGUCAGUCUUAACGGGUUAAACUGUGAGGUUAACAAGGGUCUGGCCACAUGGCAUAUGGCAGGUUUUAGAUUUUUAGUUGGCAUUGGAUUUCACCUGCUGACAGCACCACUGCAACACCAAUAUGAGUGGACUGUGUGCCUAACAGUUUAAUGAAGUAACUGUUUUACUUCACUUUGUAUUAUAACAGGAUGGUGGGCUACCACAUAAGUUACAUAACUGGAGCUACAUACCUCUGUUUUGCCUUGUCUCAUUAGUGAAAAUGCUGUGUCUUGCUGUGUUUACUUUGUUUGAGGCUCCAUUGUACUUUCUUCAAUACCAACCAUCCCCACUGUCAUCCAAAACACAAUCAGCCAAUCACAGUUCUUGCAGCCCCCAUAUGGUAUUUUUAUAGCUCCUAAAAUGUAGGUGCAUUUUUUAGGGGGCAUACAUCAGCUGAGGUGUAGUAUGUGGUUUACCUGUGGAGCCUGUGCAUGUAGCUUAUCUAUGAUUUGUGCAUUGCUGCUACCAUGACAAUAAAUAUUUUAGUUUGUUUUAUUGAGGAACUUUCUCUCUUCUUUGCUUUUAGAAUGAUCAUUUUUGCUUUAAAACGGGACAUUGUUCACAUUGUUAUGGCAUAUUUUCUCAUCAUUACUAGACACCAUGUUAUUCCAUUAGUACAAGAAAUGUUUCUUGUUAUAACAACAUACAGCAUCAUUCUGUCUUGUAAAUAUCACAAAACCUUUCUUAUUAUUUCAAAAAAAUCAACAUAUCUAAUUAAAAAAAAACUUCUUGUUAUAACAUGAUAGCUUGGUGUUAACCUGAUUUUCUUUUGUAAAAUCAGUGCCACUGAAAAUAUAAAGAUUUUCAUCAGGAUGUUUUGUUGUGUACGUUACAGCGUCACGUUCUAUAAAUUGUUCUUUCUGUGUCGAGUGUUCAGAAAAGUGGGUCUGCAGUGAAAAGACAUUUUGUCAGAUUAGAUGGAUUUGCCUUUGAUGGACUUGUUAUGGACUCCAAAGGGUCUGUUGCUAGAGGGGUGGGGGUGAGAAGGUCAGACCAGAUGAGAGGCCUUUUCAUGUCUGUCUGCUUAUGAGAGCUCAGAAGUGAGACCUACUGUCAUUGUGCUGACCAGCUCCGGACACACACACACACACUGCCCUGACUCUCUUGUCUACACUUUGACUGGACUGUUUAACGCAGGCUGUAAACCAUGAAUGCUUCCCACGAGACCUGCCUCCUGGACCAAGUGCUGGAACUUAUUAUGAAUGAGAAGCCCCCCACCAGCGCAAGUCUCUUCCUAAACGAGGACGCGGAUAACCCCGCCCUGACUGAGAGAGGGGACCUAAGGAGACGCCUACGAAGAGCCAUGGAGAGGAGAGCCAGCAGCAUGAAGGAGAGGAUGAAUUCCGUCAGCAGAGGCAGCGUCAAAGGUUUUCUUAAGAGGAACCUGUUUGUCCUGUUCACUGUUGUCGCUGUGGCUUUUGGUGUAAUCCUGGGGUUUGUUCUGCGCCCCCACAACCUGUCCCUGAGGGAAAUCAAGUACUUUGCAUUUCCUGGGGAGUUACUAAUGAGGAUGCUGCAGAUGCUGGUGCUGCCGCUUAUUGUCUCCAGUCUGGUCACAGGUAUUUCCUCACUGGACAGCAGAGCAUCCGGUAAAAUGGGUGUGUGUGCAGUGGUUUACUACAUGGUGACCACACUGAUUGCUGUGUUCAUCGGCAUUGUCAUUGUCAUGAUCGUCCAGCCAGGGAAAGGCAGCAGGGAUAGUCCUGUAGUCAGCACUGGAAACAUAGAACCGGUCCAGGCUGCUGAUGCUUUCCUGGAUCUCAUCAGGAACAUGUUUCCUCCCAAUCUGGUAGAAGCUUGUUUCAAGCAGUAUAAAACCAUGUACAAGAAAAUUAUACACACAAGGAAUGUGACAGUGACCCUGAACCUCACCGACUUUCUCAAUGUGAGCGAGUCUAAUCUGAGUGGGAACCUCAGCAAGGUGCUGCCCAUCAUACAGGAGACGGUGGAGGAGACUGUCCCAGUGUCUGGGUCCUCCGGUGGAGUGAAUGCUCUCGGCCUGGUGGUCUUCUCCAUGUGCUUUGGCCUUGUCAUUGGUAACAUGAAGCAGCAGGGUCAGGCUCUCAGGGAUUUCUUUGACUGCAUGAAUGAAGCAAUCAUGAGGCUGGUGGCCAUCAUCAUUUGGUACGCUCCAGUGGGCAUCCUGUUCCUGAUUGCAGGAAAAAUUGUGGAGAUGAAGGAUCUGGCGGAGGUGGGCGGCCAGCUGGGGAUGUACACUGUAUCAGUCAUUGUGGGUCUUCUCAUUCACGGUCUCUUUGUUCUGCCGCUGCUCUACUUCCUGGUGACCAGGAGGAACCCUUACAGCUUCAUUGGUGGUCUGCUGCAGGCACUCAUCACUGCACUGGGAACCUCCUCCAGCUCAGCUACACUGCCCAUCACCUUCCGCUGUCUUGAAGAAAACAACCAUGUGGAUAAGCGAGUGACACGUUUUGUCCUUCCUGUGGGCGCCACUAUCAACAUGGAUGGCACCGCCCUCUACGAGGCAGUGGCAGCCAUCUUUAUCGCUCAAGUCAAUGACAUGGAGCUAAAUUUUGGCCAGAUUCUAACCAUAAGUAUCACAGCAACUGCUGCCAGCAUUGGAGCAGCAGGCAUCCCUCAGGCUGGCUUGGUUACUAUGGUGAUUGUAUUGACAUCGGUGGGACUGCCCACAGAGGACAUAACGCUGAUCAUCGCUGUGGAUUGGUUCUUGGACCGCUUGCGUACCACCACCAAUGUGUUGGGAGACUCGCUUGGGGCAGGCAUUGUGGAGUACCUUUCCCGUAGAGAGCUGCAGAAUCAGGAUGCUCAGGUUUGCAACUCUGUAAUCGAGGAGAACGAGAAGCCCUACCAGCUUAUCUGCCAGGAAAAUGACUCCCUCAACCACUGCAACAGUGAGACCACAAUGUGAAGAAAUGAGCAACACCCAAAAGGGACUUAUGUGCCAAAAGCAUUUUAGCUAAAAGGGUGGCCUGCAAUUGUGCAAGGUCAGCCUUAGAGAAAAAAUAGUUUUUGGUCAACCCGGCCAGUGCUUGAGGUUCCCAGAGAGUCCUAAACUCACAUCUGCAAAAAGUUCUCUGGGAAACAAGGUAAUAUAAGGCCUGGCCUGGGUCUGCUUGAUAACAGAAAAUAACUACACAUGCGAUUUAGAAAGAGUCCACUUCUGUGAAUCUGAUUCAGUGACAGUUAUUUUGGUCUGUUUUCCUGCUUUAUUCAUUGUGAGAUAAGCUCAGUACGUAAAAUACAGCAGUUAUAUACAGUUAUAGAAUUUGUAUAAUUUAUGAUCCAUAGAGUCAGAAUGUCCUAUAUCUUCUACCAGCAUCGAUGUUAUAACACAGUAUUAUUAGAUAGAAACACCACCAUUGAUAAAGAAGGAGAAAAUCCAGCUGAUUUUCCAAUUUUGUGAGUAUGUAAAUCUUUAUCACUCACCGAUUUCUGUGGCUUGACAUUUCAUACUUAUUAUAUCUUUUGAAGACACUACCUCUAAUAGAACUUAGAUACGACUCUCCUACAGCGCUACAUACAAAUACACACUGGAGUGUAACAGCAGCAUGUAAAAUGUCAGCAUCACAGUUCCAUAUUUAAGUUUGAAAUAUUUUGUAUGUUAUUUAAGCUUGAUUGUACAAUUUUGAAUGUAAACACUGUUAAACAAUGAAUUAUGGUGUUAAGGUGACUCUUUACUCCUUAUUACUUUGACUUUGAUAUAUUUGAAUUGACUUGGUAGGAUGUUGUUGAUUUACUUUGGAUCAUUUGUUUGAAAUUACACUAGUAUAUUAACUUAUCAAAGGAAGUUUUAAGACCAUUAGACCAACAACAAAAUUCUCUCUGAUUGUUUUUUGCCCUAAUAUGUGACACUAUUGACUAAACCUGUAAUUUGUUUUUCUUAAAUUUUACUGGAAUAAUAUAUUGCUGACUAAUCAGACUAAUAUGAUUUAUUUUUGUUGUUUAGUGAAAAGGUACUGUGAAGAAAGUUUGUGAAUGCUUUGAGGAAUUGAAUGUACACUUGCUUUAUGCUUUUUUGGUGUUUUAGAGGAAACUGUAGUUCAUAAUUAAGAAACUGAAAGGUAUUUGCAGCUUAACCGAAACAGUUGUGCCACUUUUAUGCUCAGUGAGAGGUUAGACUUUAGUUUUGAUGCUUGAUGGUAUUUCAGUGAAAAUGUUAUUUCUCACAGUAAAGCAUCUCAGUAUUUCAGAUUGACAGCUUAUGAAAAAUGUGACAAAAAAUUGCUCAGGAAUUGAACUGUGAUUGUCAUUAUUGUGUUUGUGGCUACCCCUGGUGGAGGAUAUUCUCCUGUCCAUAAACUGUGCUCCUAGAAAUAAACAUGGGUCAAAGAUAAAAUAAUAAAGGAAAAAAGUUUCAAACAAUAAAGGAAUAAUA